UGGUAUGAUUUCUUGAUGUUGCCAGCCCGUGCUACACUGGAAAUCCUCAUACCCGACUUUAUCAAACAGACCUCGGAUGAGAAACCCAAAGACAGUGAUGAACUUGAGUACUUCAACCACAUCAGUAUUGAGGACUCACGGGUAUAUGAACUGACCAAUAAGGCUGGACUCUUGUCACCGUAUCAAAUUCUCCAUGAGUGCCUUAAGAGAAACCAUGGAAUGGGCGACACAAGCAUCAAGUUUGAAGUAAUUCCUGGUAAAAACCAGAAAAGUGAAUAUGUGAUGACCUGUGGCAAGCACACAGUGAGAGGCUGGUGCAAGAACAAACGAGUUGGCAAACAACUGGCAUCUCAGAAAAUCCUGCAAUUACUACACCCUCACGUCAAGAACUGGGGUUCACUACUACGCAUGUACGGCAGGGAAAGCAAUAAAAUGGUCAAACAGGUAAAUUGUGAGGAAAUGUCUGAUAAAAGUGUGAUUGAACUGCAGCAGUUUGCCAAAAAGAACAAACCGAAUCUGCAUAUUUUAAACAAGUUGCGAGAUGAAAUGAAGAAAUUAGCACGGGAUAGGGAGGAAACACGGAAGAAACCGAAGAUGACAAUAAUGGAAUCAGCGCAGCCAGGCAGCGAACCUCUUUGUACUGUUGACGUGUAAAGCACUGCAAAAUGGAGAGCAAUAACGCACUGGAGAAACUCAUCCUCAACCAUUUCUUUGUUACCUUCUUAUAGAGAACAUAUAUUACAGAAUGCACAACAAUGUUUAAAGGUUCCCCUAACCCAGCUUGACAGUGUACUGCUUCAGUUGUACAUUAAUGUUUUACAUAACAGCAGGGCAACAUUUAUAAACAUGAAUUAUUGAACUACCCAUACCUCUAUUUCAGGAAAGGACUUGAGGCUAAAAAUAGAAUGAGAUUGUAUUGAAUGGUGGUGUUGACCCAGAAAAGGACCUUUUUUGACCUGUGAACAUUUUAAUUUAUCAGUUCAAUUUUAAGGGAGAUAUAAAAGCCCAAUGAGUUUCCUGUAUCUUCCAGCUACAGAAUGAUCAUUAAAUUGUCAUUCUGCACUGAUCUGUUGGUUAGCUAGGCCCUAUGAGGGUAAUCUUCUGGAAAGAGUUACACUUUACAUUGUUUACCUGCAAGCUGGUGCCAGAGGAAAAGGCUUUCACUAGACAAACUUUAAGUUAUUUCUUUUAGUAUAAUGUAUUCUUUUCGUAAACACAUUUUAAGCAAUUUAUCAGGAAUUUUUUCAGUAAGUAACAUUUUAAUGAAGUGACACUUAAGCAUCAUUGAAGAAACACAGUAUUUUGUAUUUUAUGUGGAGAUUGUAUGAUUUGAUGGUUUCAGGAACCAUGGACUUAUAUUGGACAUUUUAGAGCUUGGAUUUUGACUGAAUGGCCUUUAUAUUUAAAAUUAAUCACUAGUAAAAGGCUCAAAAAUUGGCAAAAAAAAAAGUUGUGGUCUCUAAUCCAUGAACAUAAAAUGUUUUUUAAUGCUUCUUUGUAGUAACUGUUGUGACUUUAUUUUGUUGCACGAGUCUGUUAACCUGCAUACAUUUCAUUAUGUAAAUGGGUCGGAGAACUGGAUCCUAUAUAAGUAAAUAUAAUGCAUGAUUGAGACUACACAAUCCUGUUGAACUUACGGUGUUUGGGUUUGACUUUCCACUUCUGUCAUUUGGCACAAAUACAGAAUGUCUAUUUCUGUGACAGUGGUGUCACAGUGCCAAACUGAUGUUCAGCUUUGGAAUCAUUGCAUCAGAGCUGAAGUUGCAGCUAUCUGUGUGUUUUCUUCUGAUUCUGCUUUGCAAUUAUAUGUUUUAAGACCUGAACUUUCAAGUUUGGACGGUUCCAACUCUCAAUCAGUAUUUUGUUUUGGUAGGAGCUUUAGUAUUGUUAAAGCUGUUGUAGGCAUUUAUAACUUGUUUAAUUGUAGUCUGCCCCACUGUUUUAGUUAAUAGAAAUCAUUCAUGAUACAAACAAACAGGUUUGAUUUUGUCUUACCAUUAGAAGUAGAAUUGAUAAAAAGAAUAUAAUGUUUCUCCACUUGUAGUUUAACUUAUUAUCAGGCAUGCAGAUUUGGAAGUUUUGAUAUAAAAGCUUGAAUUAGUUCUCAUUGUCUUAUACUUUGUGUUGGGAAAUGAUUUUCCUUUCAAUAACUUAAUUUUACCUCACUUAAACCCAGGAUAACAACCUGAAGGAAACAAAGUACCAUGAAUAGCUCCAGUGCACUCUUGGUAAUGUGAACCAAAGCUUAAUAAUAGUGUCUUAUGCAAACUGACAAACUAAUUUUUUUAAUGCUUGCUGCAGGCUUCAACAGUGGCAUAGAGGGAGAAACAAUUAUUUUAAAAAUUGCAAUAACUGCUGGAACAAAAACUUAUAUUUAAACUGCUGUGCACUGUCAUUUUGUGAAUUUUUGUGUUUUAAAUGUUUACUAUUUUUCUCUGUUGAAUGCAACUUUUCUUGCCUUUGCACAUGAGCACAAGUGCUGCUGCGAGAGAGUCAGAUUGUGGUUUUGCAAAUUUGCAUUUGUGAUCAACUAGUGUGAUUUGAAAUGAAAAAUAGUUGUCUUAGCUUCAUCCUAAUUGAUUUGUACCUUUUUAACAUUGGUAUUUGUGUGUAUUGAUUGUAACUUAUCAGUACAUUAUAUUCAAUGUGGAUCUCAUUUUUAAAAAGUAAACCCAUCAAUUAAUUUUGCUGCCUAGAGGGUAAUCAUGAGGUAAAGGAUUGCAAUUUGACUGCCUUUUUUUUUCUCAAUCCGUAGAAACAAAUUAUUUGUGAUUAUGGGUUGUAUCUUGAUAGGGCAUAGUGCAUUGUUUCAUCUUUUUAAGCAUGAAUCUGUCUUAUUGGUGCAUCAUUGUGUAAAUGGUAUUAUAGGAAGAAAAACCAAUCAGCCUGAAAAGGUGUUAAAACUCUCAUUACGUGACUACAUGAUAAAUCAGUUCCAGGAUUCACUAAAAUGUUUACUCUUAAAUGCAUGUCAAGUAUGUAAUAGAUUUCAUGUUCAAAAUGGGGAGAAAAAGCCUUUUCAAAUAAAGUUGCUCUGAUUACAUGCAGUAGCCUUCUAACACUCCAGGAAAGUUAUUCACAUAUUACACAAUUUAUCAAGUUUGGAAACAAACUCAGAGGCAACUGUGUUUUCUUUUAAACUUGCAUUUGUUUUGUUCAAAUAUUCAAGGACUUGACCUCACUUUAAAUGUAGCUGUCAACCAAUUGCAAUUACUACUGUUCUUGAUGUCUGAAAAAUUCCAGAAAAACUAAUGGUAUUUUGUAUGAUUCAAAGUGCUUUAAAUGUGACUUCUUAGAAAUUUGCAUAAAGCAAAUUAAUUCCAGUGAUUAUUGAAGCAUACAUAGAAAUCUAAAUUCUCUUUAGAAAGAUUCUCAGAAGUUUGAUUUUUGUUUGGUUACCUAACGCCUACUACCUUCUGUGUAUUUUGAGUUGAGAAAGAGCACUGCAGCUUCCCUGGCUAACAAACUGAUUCACUCGUCUCGUCUCGGACCAGUUUUCUUCAUUCACUGAUUUAUCGUCUUAGUCUGUGGUCUACUUAAAAUCAAAGUUCUGUCAAUGUUACUAUUCAGUCAAGAAAUCUCCAGUGACUGGUGAAUGAAGUUUCUCAAAUUGAAAUACAAAUUUUGUUAAAGAAAUGAAGUUCUCAAAUAGUGGAAUUUUAAAAAGUAAAAUAAUUCAGAAGGGAUAAUUGCUUCUAAUUUGCCAAGAAGCAAGAAUUGUGCAAUUGCAUUACAUGGAAGAUUGAUGUAGAGAUGAUUUUUUUUUUUCCCCCAAACUUAAAAACGUAAUAUCCAGUUCAUGUUGUGCCCUGUUAUUAAAAUUGUGUCUGAUUAGGGAACUUGCAGUGCAAAGGUGCUACUGCACUGACAAAUUGUGCAUUAUGUGCAGUUGCCACAAUGACAGUGCUGUUUUAAGUGACUUUCAGGCUUCAUGUAUAUGUCCUUCAGCCUAUGCUUGCUGCAACCUGCACAGCCAUCUGGGUGUUUGUGUGGUCCUUUUUUAGUGUGCCACGUUUUUUUUUGCUCUGUAGUUUGAAGCAAUAAAGUUUGAUAAUUCGUUAUAAAA